AUGGCAGAAGAGGAGGACAAGGUGGACACGGCCACGGCAGGGAGGGAAGCUCACCCGGCGCCUCCCUCCCUGCAGAGCCACCAGCGCAUCCACACCAAGGAGCAUCCCUGCCAGUGCUCCAAGUGUGGGAGGACCUUCUGCUUCCACCUGGAGCUGGUGUUGCACUGGCUGUGCCACCCUGAAGAGCGCCAGUUCCCCUGCUGCACGUUCAGCUCCCAGGUGGGCCUUAUCCUGCAUGAACACAGCCACCCUGGGUCCCAGUGGUGCUUCCAUACCAACUGCGGGAAGACCAUGGUGGGGCUGGCCAAGCCGAGCCAGCAGCAGGCAGGGCACAUGGACAAGAUGCAUGGCUGCAGCUGCUGCAGCAAGGGCUUCAAGUGCCUGUCUGACCCUCUCAUGCACCGGUGUGCCUGCCCAGGGAAGCUGCACCCCUGUGGGCAGUGCCAGUAG